CCAAGAUGCCCUUACGCGCUCCAACUAUGGAGAACGCGCCUGAUCCGGCUCCUUUUCCGUGGAGGGCAUUGACCGCGCAGUUGACCGCUCCCUAUCCGCCUGUGUUCCCGCUCUCGAAGUUCGAGCUCUUCCCUAAGCUCCCGAUUGAGCUACGUCUCAAGAUAUGGAAGCUGAGCAUGCCCGGACCACGUAGGGUCGAUGUCCGAUUCCUUAGCGACGGUCGCAGAGGCGAUCAUGAAUUCACUGCAGAGAUGCCUGUUCUCCUACACGUGUGCCAGGAAUCUAGACAGGAAGUGUUAAAGAAGUAUGAGGUUAUCUUCAAGCAUCCGAAAGCUUUGAACCAGUGUUACUUCAAUUUCGAACUCGACACCCUCCACAUGCUUUACAGCUCAUGCAGCCAGAAAUAUCAGUUUGUUGCCAAGUCCAAGAGCCCGGACAGCAUUAAGAAAGUACAAAAGCUAGCAAUAGAUGGAGUUAGUUGCUCGACUUUUUUCCAAAGAUCCUCUGGUUCACAUGGCAAGGCGCUCAUCCUAGAGUUUCAGAAUCUCAAGGAGCUGUCAUUCGUGGUGGAAAAUCAUAAUAUUGACGGUCCAUGUUGGUGCAGAGAUACGGACUUCUUCGACCUAGCCACACCAUACAGUCUCCGCACUCAUCACGUGCUCGAUCAGUGCCAAAGGGAAAUGUUAUAUUUCCAGGCUUUUUUAGAGGACGAGGCAGAAGAAAAGGCUGUCGAAGAGUGGCAAGUCCCUGAGAUUCUGUACAGAGGACUUUGCUUAAAGCAUCUGUCAUAUGGCGGGGCAAUUCAUCUUCCUCAAAUUCCUUAGAUGCCGGCUCAAGUUUGGAUGUUGGACGUGAUUUGAAGGAUUUGCAUACACCUUACUUUUGUCUGGAUUCGUCAGCUAUCAAGCUCACCACUUUCAUAUUGUAUGCUACGACGCUAAUGACGGGAUGGAUGGGAGCUAACCC